AACUACUAUUACAACAGAUUCAGCUCAGGAACAAAAAUGGCGUAAAAAGAAGAGAUAGACAUGAAAACUAAAAGAUUUUCCCCCUAGCAUCAGUGUUCUAUGAUGGCCAUCAUGCAGGAGGACAUUCUAAAGUUUGGAGUGAGAACUAGAAAGAGAAAUAAAUCAAUAAAAGAAUCAGCUAAACUGGUUCUUGAAUCGAUGCCCCAGAUUCCCAUCCAUGUUGCUGAGAUAAAGAAGUUGAUCAUCAAGGACCAGAUAUCUCCGGACUCAUCUCUUAACGAGGACCAGCUUCUCAACGUCCUAACAUCCAAUGCUUGUGGAAGAAAUCCAACCUUCUUCAAAGCCUUCGGACACAAUGAAGUUUUCGGGCUGAAGAGUUGUAUACCAGAGGGAGGGACGGUGGUGGAGAUAGUUGAGAAGGUUCCUGUUGAGGGUGCAGGGGUGGAGGAACAGGUUCAGUACAGACAGGAAGGGGUUCUCUAUGUACACCUGCCUGACGGUCAUCCUGUGAUAACUGGUUCAGCGCCCAGUGAUGAUGAGAAUUUACAGAUUAUGAGUGAAGAAUGUGCUCCAGAGGAAAUGACUCUCGAUCCUCUUAGUCUCGAGGCCGAGAUAAUAAUAGGAGAUUCUGGUCCUCAGGAGGCUGAUCUGGAGCUUGAGUGUGAAUCUCAACUAAACCUCGAAGCGGACGAGCUCAAGAGAGGAAGAACUAAACCUAAACCAGACGAGGACAUGGAGAUAGUUACCAUAGAGGACGACGAGAAACCUUCAAGUUCAAGACGACACAAUCUUCGUCCUCAGAGAACCAACAAACAUCUUCAUGCUCUUAAACAGCAGGUUAAACGAAGGAAGAAAAAUACCAAUGUUGCAGCUGGGAUUGCUCUACCCCAGAGAGUAACCUCUAGACGGUCUACUCUAGCUACAGGAGAAAUUGAGGUUCCCUUCAAACCCUUCCUCUCCGAGCUGAACAAGAAUCCUAAGACGAUGAAAGAGGUUCUGAGCUCCAUCCCUAACUUUAACCACAGAAAACUGAAGUUUAAUAAGAACCCUAAAAAAGUGUCCUGUGCCCAAAUGAUACAGCAAACUAAGGAAGGAUCAAUAAACCUUGAAGCUCCCGAAUCCAUUCUUGGACAAGUAAACCUUAGAACUUUGUUAAACAAAAAUACAUUUUCCCGUCUUCCUCCUCUUUACCAGUUCAAGUUGAUGCAGCUUCUCCCUCAAACAGAUCAAAUAUAUGAUGAGACUCGAGGACUCCGUCUUAAUUCAUCAGCUUUCAAUAAUGAAUUCUUUGCUAAAGCUUGUCAAGAGUGGAGAGAACGGUUACUACGCGGAGACUUUACUCCGGAGGCUUUACAGAAAGCUAAAAACGAGCUUGAUAGUGAUAAACGGAAAUUUGAUCCAUGGAAAUCAAAACAUUUUGAGCCCCUGUGGGGUAUGAAGAGAAGUUAUGACUUAAAUAAUCUUAUACCUAAACUAGACAAACUUGAGGACUCUGAACCCCUGGAGCUAAACUGUGAUAUUUUAAAAAGUGAAAAAUCAGAUGUGAUAAAAGAACCAGUGGUUGGUAAUGUUAAUCUAGUUGAACCUGUCGUGGUGUUGCAUGAUGUCGGAGAUGUGGAGACUGGGAUGGAUUGUGAAGAGGAGACCUUAAUAAUUUCUCCCAAUAAAUCUCCAAGGGUUACAGUGGCCGACACUACUGAGGAGAUAGUAGAUUUAGCUGAACCUGCUGCUAAGAGAAGAAAGCUGGAGUUUAAUGAUCAACAUAAACCAGAGAAAACUUUUAUCGAUCCAAUUCUAGAAAUGGAUUCAAGGUUUGAUAUUUUAUUAGAAGAAUCUCAGCAGGAUCAGGGUAACAACUUAACAGAUUCCUGCUCUGGUGUCAAGUCUGAACCAGAGCAAGAAGAUUCAAGGCUAGAUAUUGAACCGGAGACAAUUCUAACCAGAUUCGAGGAAAUAAUUUCUGACAAGAAUUUGAAAGAAUGUUUGGAAAUGGUUCAGAGCAGUUCAGUAGAGAAUGAAACGAUAUUGUCUAGUCUAGUUGGGGAUGUUAAGAAGAAGGAGAAUGAAUCUGAUAAGGCUAAUGAUAAUGAUGAGGAGGAAACUGAAUCUUAUAAGAAUAAUGAUAAUGAUGAGGAGGAGACUGAAUCAAGACUAGAAGAUAAACCUGGAAACAAGGAGGAAGCAUAUUUACCGAAGCAGAUUGAUUCAAGACAAAGUUCGUCCGAGGAUUCAAUACCUGCUCCUCAUCUCACUCCAGAGGAAGCUUUUAACAGUCUUGACUCUGAUGCCCACAGUGCCCCUCCGACCCUCUCCCCGAAUGGAUCUCAUUUUGAAAACAUUACAUACGAAAAUCCGGGAAGCAUUAUUUCAGAAAAUCCGUCCGAUGAUGAUAAAUCGGUAAAGGCUGAAUCUGAACUGAGUCAGACUAAUUUGGAUUAUUUAUCCCACAACCUGAGAUUCAGUAUAGACUCAGCAGAUUCAAGCAAUAUCAGGAAUAGUGUGGAGUCAUCUGAGUCAGAGAUAGAGGUUACAAAGGCUCCAUGUUCUCAAGAUAGUCAGAGCUCCAGGAGAACAGAAACCAGUAACCCGGAGAAUGUGGUUACAAUUGAGCAGGACGACUGCUCCUCAGAAGCAAAUAAUUCUGUAAAUCCUGAUACUGAUGAUCAAAGCACAUUGGACAAUUCUCCGGGUACAGAGGAAAGCACUAAGUCUUCUAGGUCAUCACCAGCUCUUGAUGUAGACGAGGUUGAAAACCAUAUACUAACCUUUGCUCACUCCAACUCCUCUUCAUCUUGUUCUACCCCUACUCCCUCCCUCUCCAGUUCUACUUCUAUUCCCACUCCAUCCUCAUACAGCUCUACUCCCACAUCAUCAUAUUAUUUGCCUACUCCCACUCCAUCUUUUUCAGGAAACUUCAAAUUAACUCCACUCUCCAGUGUUACUAGUUCUAACCUUCAAUCCACUCCUUCUAACCCUGGAGAAGCCAGAUGUACUUUAACCUUGACACCCCAGCCUAGUGAACCAUCAGGAGUAUUUAAACCAUCUGGAGGACACCAGAACAUUCGUUUCAAUAAACUUCCUUCUAACAUCCAGCUCCCUACCGUACCUCUUCCUGUCUCAGAUCUAGGUUUUAUGGUGACAGCAGCAGAUACAUCUGAACCCAGUUCAACCAUACAGUGGAGUUCAUCAUCUCCUGGUGUACCUGGAGCUGGAUCAGGUGUCCCUCCUCCGACUCUAUCCCGGAGCUCCCCUUCUCCUCUGUACUCAACCUGUUCCCAAUCUACGGUUACUGUCACGGGUUCAACGAAUACACAUGGAUCACAGGAUAUUAAGGGAUCACAAGCAUAUCAGAUAAAAGUUUCAAGAGCUGGCGGCGUAAUUGAACCCACAGGGAGUAUAAACCCUCACAGUUCUACAGGGAGUAUAAACCUCCAGCGGUCCUAUGAGAUAUGCAAGGCUGUAGUUGAGAAAUCAGUAAACCGUGCUCAGGUUCAGAACCAGCUCCUACCUCCUCCCUCCAGCCCUCUCCCCCUCCAUCUACCUCCAGGAAUGAUUCUCAUCCCUAACGACAAGCAACCUAGAUUCUCCAGUCAAACCUUUGCUAUUCGAGGAUUAUCUGGAAAUGGUUUGACCGGGAUGAGAAUACGGGUUCCUGUCUCCGGAUCCCCGCUCUAUCAGCAAACUUUAAUCUCCCGACCCGUCCUUCCUAGUGCUGGUUCAAUCUCUCUACCAUGGACGGACACAGGAAAUGGUAACGCCACUCCGUCCCAGGUCAGUCUCAGCAAUUCUGGAUUGAUGUUGUCAAGCUCUCCACUAACCCUGAUAAGUUCUAGUCCUGGUGUAUCCUACCUGGAAACUUCCAACACAUCAACAACAGUAAGUGGUCUAGUAUUGAGUUCAACUAACUCAACCCAUAGAGUGCAACCUAUCUUUAAUAAUUCACCUUUCUUUUCUAAUCUUUCCAAUCUUUCUUCUUCUUCUUCUUCUUCUUCCUCGCACCUUUCCAGCACUCAGCACUCCUCUGCUGUUGGAGAACAGUUGGUACUCCGGUAUCAGGUUCUUCCUUCUCAACUUUUGGGUUCUUCACCCGUCUACCUGCAAUCCUUUUCUCAACCCGUCUCACCCAUGCAAUCUUUACAGGUUUCAGUACAGAACACAUCUAACCGGUUGCAGGUCCGCAAUCUACCUUCUCCAUCCUCUCCUCGACCCUUUAACACCAAUCUCCUGGUUCACCAGAUCAAUAAACCCCUGGUUCACCAACAGCUGUCCGGAUUAAAACCUACGGUGAUGUACAGAAGAUUGAGACCAACCAUGCAGAAUGUCCAAACCUCACAAUUUCUCCAACCCCAGCAAAUCAUUCUGAAACAUUCUCCGGAGCAGUCGGUUCAACUUCUCUCCUCCAACUCUGGCGUAAAGACUGUGAUGAAAACUACCCUGAUCCCCCGGUCCACCUUCUCCGAGUCCCAGAUCAACUCUAUCUUGAAGCAGAUGGUUCCCGAGCCUCCCAACCCUGGAAGCAUCAAUGUCGAAGAGAAAGAACGUGCUCAGGCUAUGGCUGCCGUUGCAGUCUCUAACUACGAGGCUCAUGGACCUGAAGUUCAGCUCCAGUCUGCAAUAUCACCAAUACUCCAGUCUCAAGAUCAAACUGAGACCCUGACACUGCACGCUGGAGAGGGUUCAAGUAUGGAGAGUAUUACAAUUCCUGAGAUUCCAGAAAGGUUCUUGGUUCCAAAGCUGUCGGAGCAAAACCUGACAGAAACCUUGAAGAUGAUUUCUCAGUCUGGGAUGAACCUAGCUCCAGGUAGAUAUGUUCUCAUUCAGAACCAAGCAGGUCAACUCAUUCCUCUCCCAGCCAGCCAGAUACUUCCUCUUCAAGCUAACCAGAGACUUGCUGUACCAUCCUCACAGAUAACAGCUGCAUCAUCCUCGAAGUGUACUGCUGUACCAUCUUCAUAUAUUUCAGCUGUACAAUCGUCACAGAUUUCAGCUCUACCAUCUUCACAGAUUACAGCCGUGCCAACCACAACGAUCUCAGCUGAACAAUCAUCACAGAUAACAGCUGUAGCAUCUUCAGAGAUUUUAGCUGCACCAUCCUCACAGAUUUCAGCUGUACCAGCCUCACAGAUAACAGCUGUUCAUGACAGCCAGAUACUUCCUCUUCAAGCUAACCAGAAACUAGCUGUACCAUCUUCACUGAUUCCAGCCAAUGCAUCAUCACAGAUUCCAGCUGUACAACUAUCACCAAUUCCAACUUUACCAUCCUCACAAAUUUCAAUUGUACCAUCUUCAAUGAUUACAACUGUUCCAUCCUUAGAGGUUAAAGAUGUAGACUCCUCACAUAUUUCUUCAGCUGUACCAUCCUCUAAGUCUUCCUCUGUUCCAACCUCUCAGAUCUCACUUGUCCCACCUUUAACUCUCCCAACAUUAACUCAACCUACCCUUUCCCCAAGUAGUCAUAUUAAUGUUGUUCCAGUUACACAUGUUCAAACUGUUCCAUUAACCCAGGAUAUCACAUCUACACAGAUCUUAUCUGUCCCAUAUACUAAAGUUCCAAGCGUCCCACCAACUGCAGUUCGUAAUGUCCCACCAACCCCUGUUCAAGGAUUCCCGCCAUCUCAAGUUCUCGAGGUUCAAUCAAAUCAGUUGUUGAUUACAAUGGAGAAAAUUGAACAAGAUCUAUCCACUGUUUCUCCAAUAUUAGAAUCAUUAGAUUCUUCUGAAAAUACUUUACAAGCAAUAAAUACGGUUAAUCAAGUCAUUGAUACAGGUUCUAACAUUUCUUCUGCCAUAGACGAACAUAAAUCUAAUUCGGAGCCUUCAACGCCUGGUUUACCUCUUUCAGCUGAACUAGUUUCUCCUUCAACAAAGCCUACGUCUAUUGUAGUUGAACAAGUUUCUCCUGAAUUAGAACAAGUCUCGAAUUUAUUCGCUGAAAUAGAAUCUACUCCAUCAAAUCAUUCCUCUCCUCAAGGAGAAGAAGGUCUAAAGCAAGAAACAGAUUCUUCGGGAACAGAUUAUCUAACAGAAACAGAUCAUCUAACAGAAACGGAUCAUCUAGCAGAAACGGAUCAUCCAACAGAAACAGAUAAUCCAACAAAAAAAGAUCAUAUAACAGAAAAAAAUCAUCCUAGAGAAACAGAUAUAUCACCGGAAAAAGACCAGUCUAAGGAAAUAUUACAUUUUCCUUCUGCAGAACAAUCUGGAUUUUCAAAAGUAGACACAAAAACUUCUUUUCAAGCAGAAAUAAGUUCAAUCUCAGCAGAAAUAAUGUCUCCUCCAGCAGAAGUGGGUUCUUUUCCAGCAGAAAUACGUUCUCCUCCAGCAGAAAUAGGUUCUCCUCCAGCAGAAAUAGGUUCUCCUCCAGCAGAAAUAGGUUCUCCUCCAGCAGAAAUAGGUUCUCCUCCAUCAGAAAUGGGUUUUCCUUUGAAAGAAAUAGAUUCUCCUCCAGCAGAAAUAGGUUCUCCUCCGGCAGAAAUAGGUUCUCCUCCAUCAGAAAUAGGUUCUCCUCCAUCAGAAAUGGGUUUUCCUUUGAAAGAAAUAGAUUCUCCUCCAGCAGAAAUAGAUUCUCCUCCAGCAGAAAUAAUUUCUCUUCCAACAGAAUUUUUGUGUUCUUCAGCAGAAAUAAUGUCUUCCUCCACAGAACCCGUGAUUUCUUCUGGAGAAAAGAUCUCUCCUUUUUCAGAAAUACUGAAGUGUUCAACAGAACUAGACCCUCCAGCAGAAUUUACAUCUCCUCCAGCAGAUCAAUUAUCUCCUCCAGUAGAACAAUUAUCUCCUCCAGAAGAACAGUUAUCUCCUCCAGCAGAUCAAUUAUCUCCUCCAGUAGAACAAUUAUCUCCUCCAGAAGAACAAUUAUCUCCUCCAGUAGAUAAAUUAUCUCCUCCAUUAGAACAAAUAUCUCCUCUAGCAGAUCAAUUAUCUCCUCCAGCAGAACAAAUAUCUCCUUUAGCAGAACAAAUAUCCCCUACAGCAGAACAAAUAUCUCCUCCAUUAGAACAAAUAUCUCCUCCAGUAGAACAAAUAUCUCCUCCAGCAGAAAAAAUAUCUCCUCCAGCAGAACAAAUAUCUCCUUCAGCAGAACAAGUAUCUCCUCCAGCAGAUCAAUUAUCUCCUCCAGCAGAUCAAUUAUCUCCUCCAACAGAUCAAUUUUCUCCUCCAGCAGAUCAAUUAUCUCCUCCAGCAGAUCAAUUAUCUCCUCCAACAGAUCAAUUUUCUCCUCCAGCAGAACAAUUUUCUCCUCCAGCAGAUCAAUUAUCUCCUCCAGCAGAACAAUUUUCUCCUCCAGCAGAACAAUUUUCUCCUUCAGCAGAACAGAUAUCUCCUUCAGCAGUAAAAUUAUCUCCUCCAGCAGAACAAAUAUCUCUAUCAACAGAACCAGUUUCUCAUAUAGUAGAACAAGUUUCUCACACAGAAGAACAAGUUUUCCAUACACCAGAACAAUUUUCUUACAUAGAAGAACAAGUUUAUCACACAGAAGAACCAGUUUCCCUUCCAGAAGAACCGGUUUCUCAUACAAUAGAACAAUUUUCUUACAAAACAAAUCAAGUUUCUAACUCAGAAGAGCAAGUUUCUCACACAGAAGAUCCAGUUUCUUCCAUAGGAGAACAAGUUUCACCCACAGCAGAACAAGUUUCACCCACAACAGAACAAGUUUCUCACAAAGCAGAACAAGUUUCUCACACAGCAGAUCAAGUUUCUCACAAAGUAGAACAAGUUUCUCAUCCAGAAGAACAAGUUUCCUCUCAGCCAACUUCUUCCCAACUCAAAACUCCCCAAUUCCAGGUUCCAAGUAUAUCUGAACCUACUCAACCCCAGACUCAAAGUAUAUCUGAACCUACUCAAACUCAACUCCAGGGAACAAGUUUAUCUGAACUUACUCCUGCUCAACUCCAGGAUACAAGUAUAUCUGAACCUACUCCUACUCAACUCCAGGCUACAAGUUUAUCUCAAUCUACUCCUACUCAACUCCAGGUUCCAAGUAUAUCUGAACCUACUCCUACCCAACUCCAGGGAACAAGUUUAUCUGAACCUACUGCUACUCAACUCCAGGAUACAAGGUUAGCUGAACCUACUCCUCAUCAACUACUGCCUCCAAGUAUAUCUGAUCCUACUCCUCAUCAACUACUGGCUCCAAGUAUAUCUGAACCUACUCCUCAUCAACUACUGGCUCCAAGUACAUCUGAACCUACUCCUCAUCAACUACUGGCUCCAAGUAUAUCUGAACCUACUCCUCAUCAACUACUGGCUAAAAGUAUAUCUGAUCCUACUCCAACUCAAUCCCAGGCUACAAGUUUAUCUAUACCUCCUCCCACCCAAAUAACAACACCAUUACAAUCUAGUAGAGACCAUUCCGUAAAUAUUUACCAAUCUACAUCUAAAUCUGAUUCUUCUCUUCCUAACAUUUCAUUGGAAUCUGCUGCAUUUUCUCCUUCAAGCUCCAUUGAUCCCCCCUUUUCAACAAGUGUACUGGAACCAACUCAACCUCAGGCUAUAAAUGCACCUGAAUCUACAAGUAAGGAUGAAUCUGAACCGACUGCGCCAUAUUCUCCAAGCUUAAGUCCUGAUCAAAACCUAGAAAUAGAUGAAGAUCGAGCUACCGAUCCUGUUGAGCCCGCUCCAGAACCUAUCAAACAAACUGUCCUAGCUCCACAACCAAAACCUGUCCGUCGACCCGUCUCUACAAUCCUGAUUAAACCAAAGCCAAAUAAAGGAAACAAGAUGAUGCUGAAAUCCUACGGUGUUCCCCUUCUCCCGAAGCCCCCGAGCAUGACACAGAACGGCGUGAACCCAUGUGUCUGUAACAUAAAGGCAAUGGUUGCUUGCCAGAACUGUGGUAUAUUCUGCCAUGAUGAUUGUAUCAGUCCUAGUAACCUUUGCCUUACCUGUCUGAUCAGAUAGAAUCCUUUAACCUUAGAAAUUUAUAGAUCAGGUUAAGCAGGAAUAAUCCAUCAUAAGCUGUUCGUUCUUGUCAGGGAAUACAGCCCCUCAGAUACUGGCUACUUCGUUUCACUAUACAUGGAAAACCUGGAACAAAAAUUUAUUCGUAAAAUUUAUAUCAAUGAAAUUCAUACUAAAUCUGUUCUGUUAUAUAUUUAUUUGUCGGCUCGUUGGUAUCGUCAUGAUAAUAAACACAAUAUAGAAAU